AUGUUCAAGUUGGUGAUCCUCGCCGCGUGCCUCGCCGCCGCCAACGCCGGAAUCGCCGCCCCCCUGGCCUACAGCGCCCCGCUGGCCUACUCCAGCUCGAGCCUGAUCAAGGGCCCGGCUCUGCCCUUAGCCUAUAGCAGCUACGCCGCACCAGCCCUCGUCAAGCCCGUCCCUCUGGCUUACUCCAGCUACGCCGCUGCCCCAGCUCUGACCUACGCCGCACCGGCUCCCAUCGUCAAGUCGGCCCACCUCGCCUACGCCGGCCACGCCACUCCCCUGGCCUACUCUGCCCACCCAGCUCCUCUGGCCUACAGCAGCUACGCCGCACCGGCUCUCUACAAGACCUACUCUGCACCAGCCUGGUAAAUCAUGGCUUUCUGGAUUGGGAGACAAUUGAGGCUACGCCGUCGACUUUUCGCGUUUUGAGCACCUCAAAGCGCGGUAUGGAUGAUGGGAUUCACCCUGUACAUUACACUUCGCAACCAUAGUUAAUUUUUCGAUGAUUUCUACCUGUCUCGUCUACUGUGAUUCACACAUGCAAUAAACUAGUUUUUAAUUCAGAAA